AUGGGGCCGGUAGCAAGCAGCACAGACAUCGCAUUGUCGAUCGCACUUGUUGAGCCGGCGACAUUCCUCAGAGGGAGAAAAGCCGUCGAUCCAAGCAAAGCAAAGUCCGCUGUCAUUCGUGGUAAAUUACAGGUGCAUACUAAGCGAAGCGUUCAGGUCAGCAGCAUCACAGUUCUUUUGCGAGGGCGUGCUAUAACAGAUUGGCCUGGCGGAAUCCCCGAAUAUGACGAGUUCCUCACCGAAGCGCAAGUCUGCUUCAGCGAUAAUACAGUACCAAUCGGGGAAACAUGUGGUCCACCUGGAUACCAGGAGUACAUCCCAUGCAUAGACACAGGUACUCGCAGCCAAGACGUGUCAGACGGAACCCCGUUCGCUGCGAAAAGACAAACACGGAAUAACGGGCGAUCAGUGGCAGACUCACAGAUCUUCGCUGUCGGAUCUCGGUCGUACAAUUUUGAAUUUACGAUUGGUAGCUGGCUGCCUGAAACAACGCACACCAGGUACGGCACGGUGAAGUAUGAACUGGAGGCCAUUGUGGAGAGGCCAGGUCUAUUCAAGCCCACUGUUCGCCGCUCGCUGGAGGUGCCGGUCAUUCGUACACCGGCGGAGGACGCGCCGGACUUGUCCCUAUCUCGACAGGUUCUCGGAUCGUGGGACGAUCGAUUGCUGUAUUCAUUUCAAGUUGCCGGAAAGGCUUUCUCUCUGGGAAGCUACAUACCGAUUUCUGUUGCUCUACAUGCCAGCGGAGAGGUCGUUUGUCGAGAGGUGAGAAUAUUCGUGACUGAAUAUGUAAAGCAUUAUAGAAAGAAUGGCACAUUGCAUUACUUCCAACCCGAGAAGGAUGUUCUUCUCUUUGGGGCUCAUCCAAAGCCACACAGUCAAGAAACUGGCAGUUGUGAGAAGCUCUAUCUAUCAGGCAGUGGGGAUAAGCGUGACCAAUUCAAUGAUGAGCUCCAUGUCAAUCUGCAGGAAGAUAUCAGAUUACCUGGCUGCCACGAGAUGACAACGAGGAACUUUGCCGACAGACUACACAUUGAUAGCUCCUACGAAGGGCUGAUGAUCAAACAUAGAAUAAAGGUCCGCGUUCAUAAUUCACUCGACUGA